AUGGAGGAUUGCUUGGCACGCAACCUGAGGAGAAUGAAAGCAACAUUUGGUUCAGCUCUCUAUGACUUCAGUCCCACCACUUUCAUCCUCCCCAAUGACUACACCUGCUUCCUGGCUGAGUACAACAGACUGCGUCUGGCCAGAGGAACAUCGGUCUACUGGAUAGUUAAGCCUGUGGAUCUCUCCAGAGGCCGAGGGAUCUUCAUCUUCGAGGAUAUUAAGGACUUGGUUUAUGAUUGCUCUGUUGUCAUUCAGAGGUACAUUAGCAGCUCUCUGCUGAUCUCCGGCUACAAGUUUGACUUGAGGAUUUACGUGUGUGUGAAGAGCUUUCAUCCACUGACUGUGUACAUUCAUCAAGAAGGCCUGGUGCGUUUUGCCACUGAGAAGUUCAACCUGUCAUCUCUGCAUAACCUGUAUGCUCACCUCACUAACACCAGCAUCAACAAGUUCGGUCCCUUCUACAAAACCGAAAAAGGAAGAGUGGGCCGGGGAUGUAAGUGGACCAUGAGCAAAUUCAGACAUUUUCUCCACAGUCAACAGAUCAACGAGCUGCUUCUGUGGCAGAGGAUCAACAACAUCGUCACUCUGACCCUUCUCGCCAUUGCUACAUCAGUGCCCUCCUGUCCUAACUGUGUGGAGUUGUUUGGAUUUGACAUCCUCAUAGAUGCCAAGUUUAAGCCCUGGCUGCUGGAGGUCAACUACAGCCCUGCACUCACACUGGACUGCCAAGCUGAUAUUUCAGUGAAGAAAAAGCUUGUCAGUGAUGUCAUUGAUAUGAUGAACUACACAUCGACCGACAGCUUAAGAGACAGAGCUUAUCGGAAACAUAGGUACAAGCAACCUUGUUUUAAGGCAAACCACCCGUCUGCACCUGUGCUCUCAACGUUAAACCAUCAGAAGAAAAAGAGAGGUAACAAGGGCUCGCACACUCAAAUUCUCCCUCUGCUAAAAACGUCUCAUCAGCCUGAAAAGACAAAACGGGGUAAACUUAAACAGUGUGAUCUUGAAGCCAACUACCAAAGAUGCCUUCCCCCUUUUGAAUUAUCGAAGAUACGUGAAGCUAGAUGCAGAAUAAUUAACACCAGUGCUAUCAAACUCCACACCAACCAGACCCAAAACCUGAUACUGGGCCAGGAUUCAAGGACAAAUGAGUCAGCGUUGAACAGACAGUCUCGUCAGCCUCUUGUAUCGUACCUCAUGAACAACGGGUCUCUUUACAGGUCUGAUGUUACAAACCAUGACAACUCUGAAACAGAAGCUGAGAGGCAGUGCUCAGGAGAGACAGACGUUUCCUCUUUGACACCUGACACCCAGGAGAGUGAGGAAGCAUUCACACGGCCUGCUGCGUCCUGGAAGCUCCCAAACAUUUACAGCACAAAGCCAGUUCGGAUCACUGCGGAGAAAACCACAGGGAAUGGGCAAAAUAUCCCACCAGUGAAGGUUGGAGACUUCAUAAGGACGUUUCCAUUUAACAGGGCUACUCUGAAAGCCUCGCAGCACAAACUGGACAUAAGGACAGUCCUACAGGAGAUUCAGAGCCUAACUGGACAGUUGGUUUCGGGCAAAGGACACAAGAUGAAGAGCAGGAGAGAAGAGAAGGUGACGGCAGAUAAGGAUGCUGAUACUGACUUUGAUUCACUGUUGUGGGGACCAAAAGAUCCUCCACUGAUCAGCCAAUGCUUCAAAUCAACUUAA